UAGAGUAUUUUGUAAAACGAAACAUUUUACCAAAAAUUACUUAAUGUUUGUAAACCAUUCAGGUCAUGUGGGUUUGACUUAUUUCCUAUGUAAACACCGAAAGAAACACAAUAUAAAAGUCUGCUGCUAAUAUCACCUAUUCCGGAUCAGAAUGCCGAUCCUGUUUUGUACUGUAGCACGAGGUACAACUGUACUCGCCAAGUAUGCAGGCUGUGCUGGUAACUUCACAGAAGUCACAGAGCAGAUCCUGGCCAAAAUCCCGCCAGAUAACUCAAAGCUGACAUAUUCACAUGGCAGCUACUUGUUCCACUACAUUUGUGAGGAGAGAAUUAUAUAUCUGUGUAUAACAGAUGAUGAUUAUGAAAGGGCAAAAGCAUUCUCCUUCCUGUCAGAAAUCAAAAGAAAGUUCCAGAUGCAGUAUGGUGUUCGAGCGCAGACUGCCCUGCCGUAUGCCAUGAAUUCAGAGUUUAGUCGCACAAUGGCCACACAGAUGCGGUUAUCUACAGAGCCUAGUGCAGGGGCAUCAGCAGAUAAAGUGCAGGCAGUUCAGGGUCAGGUUGAUGAGUUGAAAGGCAUCAUGGUCAGAAACAUCGAUCAGAUUGCUGACCGCGGAGAGCGCCUUGAGUUGUUGGUGGAUAAAACAGAGGACCUUAGUUUAAAUGCUGUUACAUUCAAGAAGACGAGCAGGAACUUGGCAAGAUCCAUGUGGUGGAAAAAUAUGAAGAUUACAAUCAUUAUUGUUGUUGUUGUUAUUGUUAUCCUGUAUUUCAUCGUAACGGCCGCAUGUGGAGGAUUCAAGUGGCAGAGCUGUACGGGGAAAAAGUGACCGGGUUGCAAUAUUUGUACUUUCAAACACUCAACUUGUGGGAGAAAACGCCAUACAUACCUGGAUAUUUCCUGGUCUCAUUCCAGUCACAUCCUCAUUAAAACAGCGUGUUUAUUAUAUUAAGUAUGUGCAUGUACAUGUAUAUUGUAUAACUGAUUAUUUCUCAGACUUAAUGAACUGUGAUUUCUAUUGCUUGUCCUUUGAAAACAAAAUGACGAUUUUCGUCAGCAUUGACCAUUGUCGCAACUGUGGUAUUUGUCAAAUGUUUGGUAUAAAUGCUUGUAUUGUAUUUUGAGUCAUGUGACUGAGUGUCCUUCGUCUACUGGCAGUGCUAUUAUUGGUUUAAAAUGACAUGCUCUAACUUACAUAGUACUGUAUACUGAGCACCGAGUACCAACACAGCUGUUUCCUGUAUAUUUGAGUCACAAAUUUUAAGAUGCAUGUAUUUAUCUUAGUGCAUAUUCUUCAAUUUUGCUCUUAUUGUUUGAAAGCAUUCAUUUAUCAAAUAGAUAUGGUUAAAUGUGGCAUAUUCGCAUGUUCCAUUUUAUUUGAUGAACAAGGGGCAUAGCAAGCAAAUCAGAAUAAUCCAUGUAAGUGACAUUAGCUGUUAAAUGAAUGAUAAAUUACCAAAUAAUGCAGAACUGGUGAAACACUUGAAGGCAAGGAGGCAUCAGCCAUUGACUCAGUAGUUGAUGUGUAAAAUCCACAUUGGCCCAGCCAUGCCCUUGAUGAAUGCAAAUUACCAACAUUAAUCAGCUUAGUGUUUGAAAUAAUAUAAUGUCUACUGGCUCAGCCCCUGUUAAUCAAAUUACCUGGUUAAAAAGCAGCUAACUGCUGAUUUUAAAGAAAAAGUUCUGAAAUAUACUUUUGUGCUAUUUGAUUACUGUUUUUCAUAUGUUUUCAUAUAAAUACCUGUUUGUUGAUCGCAUAAUAAUUAUUUGUCUUACCAUAUUAUGAUUUAUGUUAACACUUCUUUAUACAAAUUACAUGUUAACCUCAAGAUUGGUUAACAUUGAUUGUACUUUUCAACUGUACAUUUAAGUUUUAAUGAUUCUUGUUGUUAACUAAAUAUUUGUUUCAAAAGUUUUAAGAAUAAAUACAAUUUACAAAGAUAGAAGAAUGAAUGUGUUAAGCUACGCAAUGUUCAAUGUGUAGAGAGCUACCCAGCAUAAAGGGUGUAGCGAGCUAUUCUAUGUUUAAUAUGUAGAGAGCUACCCAGCAUAAAGGGUGUAGCGAGCUAUUCUAUGUUUAAUAUGUAGAGAGCUACCCAGCAUAAAGGGUGUAGCGAGCUAUUCUAUGUUUCAUGUGUAGAGAGCUACCCAGCAUAAAGGGUGUAGCGAGCUAUUCUAUGUUUCAUGUGUAGAGAGCUAUCCUGCAUAAAGGGUGUAGCGAGCUAUUCUAUGUUUAAUGUGUAGAGAGCUUCCAAUUGUUCAAUGAGUAGAGAUACUCAAUAUUAAAUGUGUAGAGAGCUACUCAAUCUUCAAUUUGUAGAGAGCAACUCAAUAUUCAGUUUGCAGCGAGAGUUACUGGAUGUUCAACUGCAUGUUCAGUUAGCCAAAGGAAGCUGUCCCCUUUUACCCCAUAUCCUGUGUAGCAUGUAUUUCUUGCCCUGUGCACUACAAAUGAUUCAAUUCACCCUAUAAGCUUUUGUGAUAUGAUUAAUAUUUAAGGAACAUUUUCAUUGUUUUCACUCCAUUGAUGCAUGUUAUGAUGUUAUAUUUGUAUAUAUGAAUUCUUUGAAUAACACCAAAUAAACAUUAUAAACAUUCA